AUGCCUCCAGGCUUCACGGCCAAGGUCGGACGGCUGGAAACAUUUACUCUGCCUGAAAGAGUCUCGGGCUCUGUGUCUGACAAGGCCAUAGCGGAUGCCAUGAUCGGUGCCUGGCGCCGGGACGGCAUCCUGCAAAUUGGCAUGACCAAGUCACAGCAAAGAGUCUACCAAGCCGCCAGCGCCACCAGCAGGCGCUUCUUUGCUCAACCGCAUGCGCGGAAAGAGGCCUGUGUAGACGGCUCGAGCUACUCGGGAUACAUCGCUUCCGGUGAAGAGAUCACCGACGGAGUGGCCGACUAUUCCGAAAUCUUCACCGUGACCAAGGAUCUUCCGCACACCGACAAGCGAGUCGCCCAAGGCUGGCCAUGUCAUGGGCCAUGCCCUUGGCUGGAUCAAGAGAUGAAAGCCGUCAUGAACAAGUACAUGGAAGACUUGGCCGUAUCGGGAGAGAAGCUCCUGCAGCUCAUCGAGAUGGGGCUGGAUAUCCCCACAGGAUCUCUCACAAAGUACACAGCCGACGGGUGGCACCACAUGCGCGUUCUAAGAUUUCCGCAAAACAACAGGACCAAUGGAAAGGGCAAAAAGGGGCGCGGCAUUGGCUCCCAUACCGACUAUGGCUUGCUUGUCAUUGCAGCCCAGGAUUCCGUUGGAGGGCUCUUUGUUCGGCCUCCGCGUGAUACCGAACGCUUCUCCAACUGGGAAAAGAGUUCCGCUGGCCUCCGAGAAAAUGAGGCCGGAUGGGUGUACGUGCCUCCCGUUACAGGAACCUUCACCGUCUUUCCAGGAGACAUGAUGCAGUACAUGACCAACAACUUUCUGCAAUCGACGCCGCAUAAAGUCGGGCUCAAUGUUAGGGAACGUUUUGCCUUUGCGUACUUUCACGAGCCCAACUUCCGUUCCGUGAUUCGGCCGCUCCCUGGCUACAACGCCGGGCAGUCACCCCUUGAGGGCAUCCAUUAUGGCACGCACUUCACCAACAUGUUCCUGAGGAACUAUCCCGACCGUAUCACCACCGCUCGACUUCAGGAGGAGGGGCGGUAUCGGCUGCUUGAGUCGAAAGAGCUUCGGGACGACGAUGAGCCACUGUGA